ACUAUGAUGAUGCAGAACUAUCCUUUUAUCACAUUAGAAGUGAUAAUGAAAUAGAACAAGAGUGCUUACGAAAAAUAAUUGCAGAUAAUUUGGGUCUAAAGGAUGCUUCUAAAAUGUACAUUUUAGACGAAACUGGAAAUUCAUCCAUUUUCCCAAUUUACUCUAAUUCUGACGUUUUUUUGAUUGCCAUUGAUAUAAAUGAAGCACGGAAAGGCAUCGAAAAACGCAAUUCUUUUGCUAUAAGCGAUUUUUGCAUCUCCUUAAUUAAAGAUUUUGAGGAGAUAUUUGAAAAAAUUGGGUAUUAUAAUGCAGAGGAUUUAUUAUUUAUUGAAGAUAAAUUGAUUGAAAACAAUAUUGAAAAAGGAACAAGUUAUCGCGACUAUCUAAAAGAAAAUUUUAGGAUUGAAAGAAAUAAAAUUAUACAAUUCAACUAUAAUAGUGAAUAUUUAAUUGAAAACAGGGAAAGAUUUAUAGAAAAAUUAAAAAAUAGUAGUCAACAAAAAGAGCAAUUGCUUGAUAAUUGUCUGACGAAUUUUUCAGAACAAGAACAGUUGUUAAAUAAAAUUGAAGUUCCUUUUGAGAAUUGA